AUGUUACAGGGGACCACCAAACUUCCAUGGAAAUUUUCACACCAUCCAGCUGCUGCUGGUACGUUUUUCACAGUCAUGCUACUUGGACUUAAAUUCUGCACAUGCCAGUAUGAAGGGAGCCUACAAAAUGUUAGAUUGGGAAUUCAGCUGCUGGAAGAUGGGAUUUAUCGGGCUGCAUUAGGCUGGUUUGCUUACGAACCUGAAUGGUUUGAACAUGAUCAUGGAAAUUUUGCACACAUCGAGGCUCAAUCUGUUAAUUCAUUUGUUCACUAUCUCCAAAACGAUCCAAAAGCACUGGGUGGGGAAUAUGGGGGAUCUUUUCUUGACAUGGUAAGACACCGAUAUUGCUAUUUAUCAUGUUGUCAAGGCCGGCCCAAGGCAGGGCGAGCUGGGCCGUCGCCCAGGGCAACAAUAUACCAUGGGGCAUCAGAUAUUGUCCAACUCUUAUGGAAGGAUCAAUGUCACCCUGUUUGGGGACCAAUGGAGAACUAUGCAGCUUGUAGAGAUAAGAGGAAGCAGCUACUUUUAAUGUUAUGCCAGCAUGAAGCUGACAGGCUUGAAGUUUGGGCGCAACCUGUUAACUACAAACCUCAUGACCGAGUCCCUUUGAAAGACAUGAAAGCAGAUUGGAAAACCAUGACAUAUCAAGAACUACCAUUGGCCAAGGCUCAAUUUGAUAAUGCAGCAUGUAGAGCAUUUAGCAGGGGAUUUGAUUCAUCUGUUUCAAGGGAUAUUAAGAUAUGCUCCAUUAGAGAAGAAAAUCAGCUUAUAAAGACUGAUCAAGUGAACAUACUGAUUAGAUCACUUCUCCUUAAGCAACAACAAAGUCUGGAACAACUUCAAAGAAUGCAAAGGGUGCAGGCACAAAUGAGGGUUCAAGAAAGAGAUAUGAAGUCAGAAGCAAUGAAGAAUUUUGUUGUAGAAGGUCAACAAGUGUUGUUGACCAUGGAAGGUAAGGAUUUGACUCUAGAACAACAGAAAGAGCUUAACGAAAUCAGGAAAAAGAAAAGUAUAUUAAUUCGUGAACAUAGAAUCAAGAAAAGCACAGCUGAAAGCAGACCAAUUGUUCCAAGAAAAUUUGAUAAGACAAGAGAUUUACAUCUGAGAGAAAUGGUCAUCAUUAGGGCUUGA